UCUGGGUUUGCAUAUUUAAAACCUCUCCCCUGGGCGCUCUCCCCGCCCCUGGCAGUGUCGGCGCCUCUAAAUGGCAUUAGUGGAACCCGGAGCCCGCGGUGUAGCGCACAGACAUGGUCCAUGGACGCAGCCUGUUUCACACGGUUUUACAAGUUCUGAGUCACCUCAGAAGCAUAGACAAUAAUGCAACUAAUCUGCUUAGUUGUAGCAAGUUUAAUCAUCCUCCAUUUAUCUGGGGCAACCAAGAAGGGAACAGAAAAGCAAACCACCUCGGAAACACAGAAGUCAGUGCAGUGUGGAACUUGGACAAAACAUGCAGAGGGGGGGAUCUUUACCUCUCCCAACUACCCCAGCAAGUACCCCCCAGAUAGAGAGUGCAUUUACAUCAUAGAAGCUGCUCCAAGACAGUGCAUUGAACUUUACUUUGAUGAGAAGUACUCCAUCGAACCUUCUUGGGAGUGUAAAUUUGACCACAUUGAAGUUCGAGAUGGACCUUUUGGGUUUUCUCCUAUAAUCGGACGUUUCUGUGGACAGCAGAACCCACCAGUAAUAAAGUCCAGUGGAAGAUUUCUAUGGAUUAAAUUUUUUGCUGAUGGAGAGCUGGAGUCCAUAGGCUUUUCAGCUCGGUACAAUUUCACACCUGAUCCCGACUUCAAGGACCUUGGAGUUUUAAAACCACUACCAGCCUGUGAGUUCGAGACGGGCGGACCUGAAGGGAUCGUGGAAUCUGUCCAAAUCAUGAAGGAAGGCAAAGCAUCAGCCAGCGAGGCCGUGGACUGCAAGUGGUACAUCAGGGCGCCCCCUCGGUCCAAGAUUUACUUACGGUUCUUGGACUAUGAGAUGCAGAAUUCCAAUGAGUGCAAAAGGAACUUCGUGGCCGUGUAUGACGGGAGCAGUUCCGUGGAGGAUCUGAAGGCCAAGUUCUGCAGCACCGUGGCGAAUGACGUCAUGCUCCGCACGGGCCUGGGGGUCAUCCGCAUGUGGGCCGACGAGGGCAGUCGGAACAGCCGCUUCCAGAUGCUCUUCACAUCCUUCCAAGAACCUCCCUGUGAAGGCAAUACUUUCUUCUGCCAUAGUAACAUGUGUAUUAACAAUACAUUGGUUUGCAACGGACUACAGAAUUGUGUGUAUCCUUGGGAUGAAAAUCACUGUAAAGAGAAGCGGAAAAGCAGCCUGCUGGACCAGCUCACCAACACCAGUGGGACUGUCAUUGGCGUGACUUCCUGCAUUGUCAUCAUCCUUAUUAUCAUUUCUGUCAUUGUGCAGAUCAAACAGCCUCGUAAAAAAUAUGUCCAAAGGAAAUCAGACUUUGAUCAGACAGUUUUCCAGGAGGUGUUGGAGCCUCCGCACUAUGAGUUAUGUACUCUCCGGGGCACGGGCACCGCUGCGGACUUCGUCGAGGUGGCGGAUGACCUAGACAGCUACCAUAAACUGCGGAGGUCUUCUUCCAAAUGCAUUCAUGACCAUCACUGUGGAUCCCAACUGUCCAGCACGAAAGGCAGCCGCAGUAACCUCAGCACAAGGGAUGCUUCUGUCUUAACCGAGUUGCCCCCACAGCCCAUCAAGCCCCUCAUCCCGUCCAUAAACAGAAGGAACAUCCUCGUCAUGAAACACAACUAUUCCCAAGAUGCUGCAGACGCCUGUGACAUCGACGAGAUCGAGGAGGUGCCCACCACCAGUCACAGGCUGUCCCGACACGACAAAUCCGUCCAGCGGUUCUGCCUCAUUGGGUCUCUAAGCAAACAUGAAUCUGAAUACAACACAACUAGGGUCUAGAAAGAAAAUACAAGCUAAUCUCUUCAAAACUCUUCAAGCCUAUCAACUAUUCUUGAAUUAGGUGAAUGCUUUUCCAUGCUCUAUAUUAUCUUGAUUAAUUGGUGUAUUUGUAUGCAUUUUUCAAUGGGAGAAAAUGUUUUAACUGUGUUUUAUUUUCAGAGAAGAACUAUUUAUACAAACAUGGGGACUGUGAAAAGAAAAUUCUAUAGUGAAUUUGAAAAGUGGACAUAUUUCUAAAUUCAUUCCACUGCCUUUAUCCAAACUUAAGAAUUACAGACAUUUAUUAUUCCUUCAGCAAGACAUCCCCGCUGCACAGUGAUAUGUUCAUUUCGUAAUUUGGUUGCUGGCCACCAAGUGCUCCUUAGUUUUUAAAUACAUUUGAGAUUUACUGGAAACUUGAAGAAGAAAUUAAUUCCUGAUUGAGACUAUCCCAACUUACUUGUCAGUUUCACUUUGUUUCAGUGUCGUUAUGUCUUUGUUAUAUGAUUGUACCUUGUGUGCUAUGUGGGAAAAAAAAGACAGAUUUGGAUGAACUUUGUGUUACAUGUACAUUGUUUUCAUUACAUAGACUGAUUGAGAAUAGUGUGUUCCUGAGUGAUUUUGAACAUGCCACAGUGAGAGUGGAUCUAUGGACCAUGGAAACACCAGCUAGAGAUUUUAUGGACUAUAAGCACCUGUUGUUGUAUUAUGAUUAAAUGCAGCCAAAAGUUAUGAGUAAAAUUAUUAGAUUGCAAUAAGAAAAUUUCUCAUUUUUGAGUCUCUCCUAUACACCCUCGAUUUCCUUUUUUUUUGUUUUGUUUUAUUUUGAAGAAAGAUACUGAGUUUCAGAACGGAUCUUUUGAAAUCAGGUAUCUUACAAACCCACGCCCUUCAAUAGAAAUCUUUUUGGAUUAAGCACUUAGCAAUAUGACUGAAUUGACAGUUUGAGAAAAUACCCUGCAUGUCGGUAUUGGAUAUUUAAGUUGGAAAUUACCCAUUUUAUUAGACACAUUGUAAAAAGCAUGCAUUCUCGAAUAUUGCUGUUACUCUCUCAUUUCUUUGUGUCACAUGCUUGCUACUUGUAAUUUUUAUAUAAAGAUAUAUAAAAUGUAUAAUAAUUUCCUAAUUUGAGUUAAGAGAAAUGUUUUCUUCUAUUACAGUGAUAAAAACUGACUUCCACAAGUACA